GGAACUCAAUGGAGAAGAGUGGGUCACAGUGAACACAACAAUUAGCACCUGGCUGUGCACGAAGGAGCCUGAGCGGCGGUUUAGCCAAUAUCAGGUCACUUUCAGCGCACCAAGUGGAUCAAGCUUCCCUCCCAUUCUCAAUGGGUAUGAGGUCUACGUGGCCAAUGAGCGCUCUCAACUAGCAACUGAUGCUGGAGAUGUUGCAGCACUUAUGGAUAUCAAAGAUAAACUCAGACUGACGAACAGGAGUUGGGCUGGAGACCCAUGCCUUCCAGAAGACUACCCAUGGGAUGCCUUGACCUGCAAUGAAGCACCAAACCGUCGAAUUAUUACACUGGAUCUCUCGGGCAGCGGAUUGAAUGGAGAAAUACCGGCUUCUAUAGCCAACCUCAAUGAGCUCACAUCACUAAACCUAUCAAACAAUUUGCUGACAGGUCCCAUACCAGAAAGGUUUGCUCAUCUGACCAAACUAAAGUCAUUGGAUUUGUCAAGAAACAAUUUAACAGGGCUGGUUCCAAGCACAUUAAUAGAUAAAAACGACAGUGGUGUACUUCUAUUAAGCAUUUUCCAAAAUCCCAGCCUUCUAAGACCCAAUGCCUCUGAACCAACUCAAAAAAAGAGCAAGAAGAAUGUGUUUAUGGCUGUGAUAUCUGUUAGUGCAACAAUGGUCUUGCUCUUUGCCUUUGCAUUUAUUCUGAUAAGGAAGAGAAGGAAAAUAAAUGGAACAAAGAUCUUAAGAAUGAGGAAAAGAAAAAAUUCAUCAAAUUCAGAUGGCGCUCGACCAUUUACACACUCUGAGAUUGUUAAAAUAACCAAUGACUAUGAAAAGGUCAUUGGUCAGGGAGGAUAUGGGACUGUCUUCUAUGGGCGCCUAGCUGAUGGCCGUGAAGUUGCUGUCAAGAUAUUGUCCAAAGAAUCACGACAAGGAGUCAAAGAAUUCUCUGCUGAGGUCAAACUGUUGAUGAGAGUUCAUCACAAGCAUUUGGCCUCCUUGAUAGGAUUCUCUGAGGAAGACAAAGAGAAGAUUCUUGUCUAUGAAUAUAUGCCUAAUGGAAAUCUAUAUUCGAUUCUGUCAGACAAGAGAAGCAACUCAAAAGUACUAAACUGGGAACAACGAAUUCAAAUAGCUCUCAGUGCUGCACAAGGAUUGGAGUACCUACAUUAUGGAUGCAAACCGCCAAUUGUUCACAGAGAUAUCAAGACAUCCAACAUCCUUUUAAAUGAGAAAUUCGAAGCCAAAUUAGCAGAUUUUGGGUUGUCCAGAUUCGGGCCAAAAGAAGGAGAUACUCAUAUAUCAACUACUGUUAUGGGCACACUGGGAUAUGUGGAUCCUGAGUAUUACAUUACCAACCAGCUAAAUGUGAAGAGUGAUGUUUAUAGCUUUGGGAUAGUUCUUUUAGAAAUUAUCUCAGGUCAGCCGGCAAUAAUUAAGGAGGAAGAAGCAAUUCAUAUAGUACAAUGGGUAACUCCCAAGGUUGUAAGAGGGGAUAUUGAAAGUGUGAUGGAUCCACAGUUGCAAGGCGAGUAUGACAUUAAUUCUGCAUGGAAAGCUGCAGAGAUAGCACUGGCAUGUACAUCGCAGUCUGCUAUGCAGAGGCCCACCAUGAGUGAUGUUAUCUGUGAAUUGAAGGGAUGCAUCGAGCUGGAGCGCUCCCAUCUCAAAAGGAGAAGCUCAAGAAAGGAAUCCUUCACAUCAAUCAGCAUGGAAUCAGCAAUCCUGUUUCAUCCUUCAACAAGGUAGUGAGCAUGGCAGUUUUAGACAUAAGACCAACCAUUGUAGUUAUUUAUUUGGAGCAGCAACGAAUAUAUACCAAUGCCAGAGUUCGCAAUUAAAUCAACAAAACUAAGAAAUGUUUUCAUCAACAUUUUUCUCUUAUGGUUGUUCCCAAUUAUGAGAAGCCACAACCAAUAUAUGCAUCUUGGACACCUCAUUUGAAAAGUCAACGUAGGACUUCUCAUA